CCAAGCUCUCCAGGUAGGAGAAAGUAGCUCAUUGCUGAUAGGCUAUUGCUUGUCCGGUUGCCAUUGAGCAGGACGCUUUAUACAAGCUCCAGCUCCAGCUCAACUCCUCUUCUCUUUCUCUCUUCCCAUCACGCAAUCCCUCCGUGUUUCUCCUCUCCUGCAUCACGUCCUCCGCUCUUGUCUGGGAUAUCCAGCAUCACGAUCCGGAUCACCGCGGCUUCUAGCUAAGCUUGCCAGACAGUCCGCCUCUUUCACUCCACCGGCACAAUGGUUGUUCACGAUGGCCACGAGUACCUCACCGAGGAAGAGCGGCGAUUGAAAGAGGACAGAGAGCGAACCAAGUACUGGAAGAAAUGGGGGCCCUAUGUUGCCGAGCGGCAAUGGGCGACAGUACGAGAGGACUACAGCGCCGAUGGAGACGCCUGGAGCUACUUCACGCACGAUCACGCACGAUCUCGAGCAUUCAGAUGGGGUGAAGACGGUAUUGCCGGUGUCUCUGAUACGCAUGGAUAUCAAAACAUUGCCUUUGCCUUCUGGAACGAGGAAGAUCCCUUUUUGAAGGAGCGUCUCUUUGGGCUUUCCAACCCUCAAGGAAAUCACGGCGAGAGUGUCAAAGAAGCCCAUUUCCAUGUUGAUAACACUCCUCAGCACUCUUAUAUGAAGUUCCUUUACAAAUAUCCCCAGAAGCCGUUUCCGUAUGCCGAUCUCAUCAAGGAAAAUGCUCGAAGAACUAGAAACGACAAAGAAUACCAGCUUCUUGACACUGGAGUGUUUGACGACGAUAGAUACUGGGACAUCUUCAUUGAAACGGCCAAGGAGGCUGAUGAUCCAGAUGAGCUCCUCUUCCGUGUCACCGCCUGGAACAGAGGCCCUGACCCUGCCCCUCUCCACAUCAUACCCCAUGUAUGGUUCCGAAACACCUGGACCUGGGGCAGAGAGCCUGAGGACAAGAAGCCAUCGAUUGUGGCCCAUACCGAAGAUUCGGCCAAAACAAAGCACUGGAAGCUUGGAGAGCGAUACUUUCUUCUCUCUCCCUCUCCUGGAGUUGGUACUUCAGGAACGGAUGUCCUGCCUCAGCUGAUGUUUACUGAAAACGACACCAACACUGAGCUCCUCUAUGAACAGAAGAAUGAGCAGCCCUACGUCAAAGAUGCCUUCCAUAGGCACAUUGUUGGUGGGGAAAAGGAAGCAAUUAACCCUGCUCAAACAGGCACCAAAUGCGCUGCUUGGUACAAUUUCAACGAAGAUGGCGGUGUCAACCCUGGUGAAUGCGCCGUUGUCCGCUUCCGAUUCACAAAACGAGACGAGUCGUACCUUGAUGAAGAAGAAUUUGAUGACAUCAUUGAAAAACGCAGAGAGGAGGCCGAUGAGUUCUAUUACAGAAUCAGCCCCCUUCCACUAACUGAUGACUUGCGCAACAUCCAGAGGCAAGCCUUUUCGGGGAUGAUGUGGACAAAGCAACAUUACUACUUUGUCUGGGACCAAUGGGCAAAGGGAGAUCCCGGUACCCUUCCUCCACCUACGGAUCGGAUGGGAGUCCGAAACUCACAGUGGAAGCAUAUGCAUUGUGACGAUAUCUUAUCUAUGCCUGACUCUUGGGAGUAUCCAUUCUUUGCUGCCUGGGACAGUGCCUUCCACUGUAUCCCCUUGGCAAUGAUUGACCCCGACUUUGCAAAGAAGCAGCUUGAUUUGUUCACGAGGGAGUGGUACUGCCAUCCCAACGGACAAUUGCCAGCAUAUGAAUGGAACUUUGGUGAUGUCAAUCCUCCAGUCCAUGCCUGGGCUACUUUCAGAACCUUCAAGAUUGAAAGAAAGUUGUACGGACGUCAGGAUCUUGAUUUCCUUGAGCGGGUUUUCCAAAAGCUCCUGCUCAACUUCACCUGGUGGGUAAAUCGAAAAGACGCCGAUGGCAAGAACAUCUUUGAAGGCGGUUUCUUGGGACUCGAUAAUAUCGGUCUGUUCAACCGUUCUGAGCCGCUGCCCACUGGCGGUGUGCUUGAACAGGCUGACAGCACUGGAUGGAUGGCGUUUUAUUGUUUAUCCAUGCUCAACAUUGCUCUUGAGCUUGCCAAGCAUCGCCGAAUCUAUGAAGACAUUGCAUCCAAGUUCUUCGAGCACUUCAUCUUCAUCAGCGAUGCCAUGACCUUCCGUACCGGGCAGAAAGAUGAACAGUCUCUUUGGAAUGAAGAGGAUGGCUUCUAUUAUGAUGCGAUUUCCUGGGGUGGCCCCUGGCUUCAACAACUACCCGUGAGGUCAUUGGUCGGCCUCAUCCCUCUUUAUGCCACCGCAACUCUUGAACCUGAGCUUAUUAACAAGUUGCCCUCAUUUAAGAAGAGAGUCGACUGGUUUAUUCAGAACCGUUGCGACUUGGCAGAGAGGAAUAUGGCUAGCAUCAGGAAGAGAGGAAAAGGCGACCGUAUCCUCUUGUCAAUCGUCAGCAAAGAGCGCUUGGAGAAGAUUUUGAAAAGGAUGUUGGAUGAGGACGAAUUUUUCAGCGACCAUGGUAUCCGCUCGCUGUCCAAGUAUCACAAAGAGAACCCCUUCUCCAUGGAAGUAAAGGACCAAGAGUUCACAGUUGGCUAUGUUCCAGGAGACUCCGACACCGGGCUUUUUGGCGGUAACAGCAACUGGAGAGGACCAAUUUGGCUCUGCGUCAACUUUUUGUUGAUUGAAUCGCUCCAGCGAUUUUACCUCUUCUACGGGCCUGAUUUCAAGGUUGAAUGCCCCACUGGGAGCGGCAUCAAAAUGCAUCUGGGCAAGGUCUCGGAAGAGAUCCAGCACCGAUUGCAGCAUCUCUUUGCCCGAGAUGACUAUGGCAGGCGCAGUAUCAACGCUGGAGAUGAUCGUCUUGACUAUGACGAGCACUGGAAGGACUACCUCUGGUUCUAUGAGUUCUUCGAUGGCGAUACUGGAAGAGGUCUCGGUGCCAGUCACCAGACCGGAUGGACUGGUCUGAUUGCUCGACUGAUCCAUGACACAGGUGUCACCUGUCGUCUGCCGCAGACUCCCCGAACACCAUCCGCCACCAUGGCGCACUACUUUGACGAUAUAUUCCAGAGACAAGUGGACCAGGGCGUUCCUCACCCUGGCGGUGCCAGGCGCCACGUCAGGCGUUCAUCCACAGCUCGCUCCAUCGCUGCUAGAAGCGACUUUGACUCAUCCGUGAACGGAGUUGACGACGAUGCGCGAUCUGAGGCCAACUCGGUUCAUCAUGAUGACCCUGAAAGGGCCAAGGAGAAGGAGGAAGCGGACAACCACAUGCAUCGGUACAUUUCUGACCAGCUCUCAAGGUACAAGCAAGAAAACGGCGAUGACAGCGCCGAAGGGGAUGAGUAUGAGACUCGGGCUCGGUAGUCGCCCUACUUUGGUCGCACGAGUACGUGGAGGGGGUUUAAAAAAAAAAUAGGUGUGACUUAAUCUAUAUUGUAUUUAGAACUACAGUUUAAGGCAAGAAGGUCCGUUGGCAUACGAUUUUUGAUGGAUGCAAUUGAGUUAUGCCUUGGCAGCGCCUCUAUUAGUUAUGUUACUUGAAAUUAUAUCAGCAGUUGAAAGACG